UAUGGACAACAAAUACAUUUUUCUCAAACCUGGCAACCUCGUUUCCCGCUAAUUUUAUCUUCCGGAUUUAAGCAAAGAGCAUGGCAGCAGAUAGCACAAUGUGUAAUGGCGAAGAAACGGCCUCCAUGAACGGAGAGCCAGUUUUUAAGCGACAUCGGGAGAGUGGACAGGUCGAGUCCCUGCGGAUUCCGAAGGAACCUCGGAAUAAAGUAACCGUGGUCCUCGGUGCGCAAUGGGGAGACGAGGGAAAGGGGAAAGUGGUUGACCUGCUAGCGCUGGACGCGGAUUUAGUAUGCAGGUGUCAGGGAGGUAACAAUGCAGGCCACACAGUGGUGGUGGACUCUGUGGAGUAUGACUUCCACUUGUUGCCCAGUGGAGUGCUCAACAAGAAGGCUGUCUCAUUUAUUGGGAACGGGGUUGUGAUACACCUGCCUGGCCUCUUCGAGGAGGCUGAAAAGAACCUGCAGAAAGGCAACGGACUGCAAGGAUGGGAGAAGCGGUUAAAGAUAUCUGACCGUGCACACAUUGUGUUCAACUUCCACCAAGCUGUUGAUGGGAUCCAGGAACAACAGAGACAGCUACAGGCGGGAAAGAAUUUGGGAACCACCAAAAAGGGCAUUGGACCUGCCUAUUCUUCCAAAGCUGCUCGCAAUGGACUGCGAGUCUGUGACCUUGUGUCUGAUUUCACUGUCUUUGAGGAGAAGUUCCGUGUGUUGGCAGGGCAUUUCCUGACUAUGUACCCCAACCUAAAUGUUGACAUUGACAAUGAGCUGCAACAACUGAAGGUGUAUGCUGAGAGGUUGCAGCCCCUUGUCACCGAUGGGGUGUACUUCAUGCACAAGGCCCUCACUGGGCCCAGUAAGAAGAUUCUGGUGGAGGGAGCCAAUGCAGCCCUCUUGGAUAUUGACUUUGGCACCUACCCGUUUGUGACAUCCUCUAACUGCACUGCUGGGGGGGUGUGCACUGGCCUGGGUGUGCCCCCGUCCUAUGUGGGGAGAGUGUAUGGUGUGGUCAAGGCCUACACCACCCGGGUGGGCGUUGGAGCUUUCCCCACUGAGCAGGACAAUGAGGUUGGAAACUUGUUGCAGUCCAGAGGGAGGGAGUUUGGUGUGACGACGGGCCGGCGGCGCCGCUGUGGCUGGCUGGACUUGGUCCUUGUCAGAUACGCCCACAUGGUCAAUGGCUUCACUGCCAUCGCUCUGACCAAGCUUGACAUCCUCGACACGCUGCCAGAGAUCAAAGUGGGUGUGUCCUACACUGUUGAUGACGAGCCCCUUCCCAGUUUUCCUGCCAAUAUGGACGUGCUGAUGCGGGUGUCAGUGACGUACGAGACGCUACCUGGAUGGUGCUGCAGCACUGAGGAUGUGCGGUGCUUUGAGGAACUGCCCUCUCAGGCACAGAGCUACAUCCGCUUCAUCGAGGACUUCUUGCAAGUGCCAGUGAAAUGGGUUGGAGUUGGGAAAUCCAGAGAAAGCAUGAUCAAGCUGUUCUGAUCACUUUGGGAACUGAUAUCUUUUGGGUUUCUUGCCAUUACAACAGCUGCUUGGGAGAAGAAUUAUGUUGAUGAAUACUUAGAUUACUAUAAACCUUGGGUUAAAGUCCCAAAGUCUGUUCUGCAGAAAAGCAAAAACCUCACCAGCAACGUUAUUAGUGAAAUGUAUAACCUGCAUUCCAUAGCUUUUUUUUCUUCUGGUAUGACAACACAAUAUAUUGCCCAUUAUGUUCAUCCUCCGUAUGUAAUGAACAGACAGGUAAUUCAAUCUUAAACAACUGUGGCAACCAUACCAGGCUUUCAUCAACCUUUAUCAUUUCAUUGAACUAGUAAUGUUUUUACUAGUAAUGUUUUUACAACUUUGGGUUGUUUGGUUUCUUUUAAAACAAGAUUUUUUUAAAUGACUUCACCUUGCAGUUAUUUUUUACACAAUCUUUGCUUAAGGGUUGCGAUACUAGGCUAAUGUUUUUAAGGAGGCCUCAUAAUUAGGUCUUUGGAUGAGCUGGCCUGUUGUACGAAGGAAUUAUUGGCAGGAUUUUAGAUUCUAAAGGGAUGCUGUCUGAAUGCCUUGAUUUCAUAUUGAUCAUUAAGGAUCGGCCCCUUUUUUUUCUUCUAUUUUCACCUAAAAUGACAUACCCAAAUCUAACUGCCUGUAGCAAGGAUAUACAUUUUCUUGGUACCAUUUGAAAGGAAACACUUUGAAGUUUGUGGAAAUGUGAAAGGAAUGUAGGAGAAUAACACAUUAGAUAUGGUAAAAGAUAAUGUAAAAAAAAUACAUUAAUUGUAUAUAUAUAUUAUUUUUUUGUACCAUCUUUGAAAAUGCAAGAGAAAGGCAAUAAUGUAACCAGCCUCGGUGUAAUUUACAUAUUGGCCACUAGAUUUUUUAUUUUUUUUUUAGAUGGCAGCAGUGUAUGUGCAAAGUUUUAAUCUGAUCCAAUGAACCAUUGUAUUUCUGUUAAAAAUUUGUAUCAAGAUUGCCCAAAUGUGCCUAAUAUGUUUAUUAAUAACUAUGUUCAAAACUGUGCACUUGCCUCAAACAAUAGCAUGGUAUUCUUUCACUGUAAUAGCUACUGUAAAUUGGACAGUGAAGUUAGAUUAACAGGAAUUUAAGCUUUCUGCCAAUAUCAGAUAUGUCCAAGUCCUGGGAAAUGUUCGUUACAUACAACCUCAUGCUAAUCGCAUUAGCCUACGUUAGCUCAACCGUCCCGCAGGGGACCCACCAAUCCUGAAGAAGUUUUAACCUCUUAAGAGAUCAAGUACUUGUGAUUGCACACAAACACACUGGCUGAUGUUUAGAACCUGGGUGGAACUCCAUGUUAAUGUAUAUACAAACUACAAAUGUUUUCCAUUAUUUCUUUCAGUGUAAUGAAGUAAACAAUAUGCUUCUACUCACCUACAAUUAUCAAUAAAAUACAAAGUGUCAUUGCUGUUUUGUUGAUAGUAUCAUGUGUAUAUUCUUCUCUGUGGAGUAUUGUCUGCUGUCCAAUAAAAGCGGUAAUUUCCCA